AUGUCAACCUACGACUCCUACGAGACCGAAGCUCCACGGCGGCACCGAUCGCACCGGCACCACCACCGGGACGAGCGGGACGACCCUCGUUACGAAACCACGGAUACGUACGUCAGAGGCCCGGCUAUUGUCGACCCACCAUAUGUCUCAUCGCGACAAGAUUUGACACUUCGCGGACGAGAAGAUAGCGACCUCUCCAUCGAAGAAGUCCCCAGAGCCUUUCCGCCGCCCGGUACGGAUGAUCGCUAUGGCCCUCCUGCGCGAUCCCGCUCGGUCGACCGACACCCCCAGUACGGCCAGUACCUCGGAGACACCAGACGCUCCGAACGAGACAGAGACGAUGAUCGCCGUUCGACGGGCGGUGAGAAGGAGAAGAAGGGCGUAAGGAGACGCCGCUCGCUGUCGCGCAACCAGAAGAUCAUGGCAGCUGUCGGCGGCGCCGCUUUGGCUGUUGGCGGCAAGGAGCUAUGGGACUAUCGCCAAUCCAAGACGCACGGAGGCGAGCGCAAGGACCGAAACAUACUAGCCACCGCUGCUGUUGGCGCUGCUGGUGCCUUCGCUGGCUUUGAGGGUGCUGAUAUCUAUACGAAGAAGUUCGCCGACAAGAAGGAAAAGGAGGUCAAGGAGAAACACGCUAUCGCCUACGACAGGGAUGGACACGCAAUCGAGUACUGUUCAGAGGAGGAGAAGGAAGAGAAGCCCAAGAAGAGCCGCAGAAAAUCCAUCGUCGAAGGGGCCAUGGGCCUUGCUGGCCUGGGCGCAGCUGCAAAAGCUAUGGGUGGCCAUGACGACGACCGCAGCGACCGUGGUGACCGCCGUGACCGCGAUGAUCGCGAUGACCGUCGCAGACGUCACAGCAGCGAAUCGAGCCGCGGCAGCCGUCGAACCAAGGGAGAUGGCGAGCGAGGCCGAGGCAAGUCACCUGAGGGUGUUGCUAAAUUCCAGCAGGCUGCAAAGGCUGCUUUACUCGCUGGUGCAGCUGAGGCCUUCCGCGUUCGCAACGAGCCAGGGGGGUGGAACGGUGCUAAAGGCAAGCGCAUCUUGACAGCUGCCAUUGGAGCUGGUGGUGUUGGCGCAGCCGCUGCUGGCGACAACCCAGAGCACAACAGCAAACGCCAUCUCUUGGAAGCUGUUGUUGGCGGUUUGGCAGGAAACAGACUGAUCAACGGAGCUCGAAGCGACGAUGGCAAGUCUUCCCACGGCGGAGGUGGCCGUCACCGUUCUCGUUCCAGAUCGGCAAUGCCACUCGCUGCUCUUGCAACUGCAGGUCUAGGAGCCUUCGCUGCCAAGAAGCACCACGACCGCUCGACAUCCCGCUCUCGCGACGACCGCCGAAGAAGAUCCGGCUCAGAAGACAGCCAAGAAUCCAGACGCCCCAAGCGCAGCAAGAGCGUCACCGACUACGCGCGAAAGGGCCUAGCAGCACUCGGUCUGAACGACGCCGCCGACGACCGCCACGGCAGCAGCAGACGGGACAGGGACCGCGACAUGGACGACUCGCGCAGCGACGUGCGCAGCCACAAGUCGUCAUCUCGCCGCCACCGCGACGACAGAGAUAGAGAUCGGGACUUGGAUUCCUCAGACGACGACUACGACCGUAACCGCCGCGACGACAAGCACCGGGACAGGGACUACGAUGACCGGCGCAGCCACAGGGGGUCGGACGGCAGAAACAGAUGAUAACAAGAGGAUCAAGAAGAUGAAAGCUCGACGCACUUGAAGCCCAGAGCCAACCCCGAUAUUUUAUACCUCUGUGCCUCUUUGCGCCCAACUUCCUCCUUCCCCGCCUGCAAGUGACCUGCAGAUCGACGCAAGCUUGCAUGGAGGUUUUUUUUUCGUACUUUCGACACACGAUUUUAUACGAGUACCCUACCUACCUACCCUGCACAGCGAGUGCGGGAUGAGACACGAUACGAAUUACGAGCGGCGGAUACCCACGAAACGAACGAACGAACGGUGGUUGGAUGUGGUAGGGUGGAUGGGAU